AUGAGCAAGCUACCAUCUUCGGGCGGCGCAGCGGCCCCGUCUGAAGCUCCCCCAGCAUACACACCAUACCUUGACCCUCAAUUGACUGCAGAGUCUGCCAAUGCACACACCGAUGGUCGUAUCGAUGUCCAUCUCGAUUCCAAGCUUGCCAGAUCCCUGGCCAGAAUUGCCGACCAGCAGCGAGAGGACAUCUUUCUGGCCCCAAGCCAGUCUGAGGAUCAGGUCUUCGCGAUCGACCUCAAACUCAACAUCGUUAUUCAAAUAGUGGGAAGCCGUGGAGACGUGCAGCCUUUUAUCGCUCUUGGGAAUGCCUUGCAAGCCCAUGGUCAUCGGGUCCGCAUCGCAACGCACAAUGUCUUUGAGAACUUUGUCAAAGAGUCACAUCUGGAGUUCUUUCCAAUUGGGGGAGACCCGGCCCAACUCAUGGCCUACAUGGUCAAGAAUCCGGGUUUGAUCCCGCAGAUGAAGACUUUGCGCGAUGGAGAAAUCAAGAAAAAGCAGGUCAUGGUUGGCCAGAUGCUUGAGGGCUGCUGGAGAUCAUGUAUAGAAGACGACCCCACCACGCAAGAGCCGUUUGUGGCGGACGCUAUCAUUGCCAACCCGCCGAGUUUUGCACACAUUCACUGUGCACAGGCUUUGGGUAUCCCCGUUCAUCUCAUGUUCACCAUGCCCUGGAGUAGCACCAGAGCGUUCCCGCAUCCACUGGCCAAUCUGAUGAACGGAUCCAUGGAAAAUCCAGGGACCGCGAAUUGGGUUUCUUACGCCAUUGUGGAAUGGCUGACAUGGCAAGGAUUAGGAGAUGUGAUCAAUCGCUUCCGGUCCUCUAUAGAUUUGGCACCCGUUCCCCGGACGGAGGGGCCUUGUCUGGCUGAAGCUCUGGAGAUCCCCAUGACCUACUGUUGGUCGCCUGCAUUAGUCCCUAGGCCCACAGACUGGCCCGCUCAUAUUGAUGUUUGCGGCUUCUUCUUCUCUGACCCACCCUCAUAUACACCACCGCCCGAUUUGGCCCACUUUCUCGAUUCUGGCCCUACCCCAGUCUAUAUCGGAUUUGGCAGUAUCGUUGUUGAAGAUCCUCAGAAGUUAAUCGACACUGUCUUGAAGGCUGUCUCCAGGGCCGGUGUGCGCGCCAUCGUUUCAAAAGGAUGGAGCGAACUAGCCGGGCCCCCUGAUUCGAAUAUCUUCUACAUAGGCGAUUGUCCCCAUGGGUGGCUCUUCGAUCAUGUGGCCGCCGUGGUUCAUCAUGGAGGUGCCGGUACAACUGCAUGUGGGUUGCUAAACGGGCGACCGACGGCCAUCGUUCCCUUCUUCGGCGACCAACCAUUCUGGGGUGACAUGGUCGCCAGCGCAGGCGCUGGUCCCGAACCGAUUCCCCACGCCGCGCUAAACCCUCUCAAUUUGGCCGAAGCAAUCUGCUUUUGCCUCAGACCAGAGGCAAGAGCCGCAGCACAGGAUAUUGCUAUCAGGAUGAAAUCAGAAUCGGGAGUCGCGACGGCAGUGAAUUCCUUCCACCGUAAUCUGCCGCUGGAUAGAAUGCGAUGCAACCUCAUUCCAGGACAACCUGCCGCAUGGGCGUACACAAAAAAAAAGCAGACUCUGACCCUUUCCAAAGCGGCCAUGAAUGUAUUGAUUGAAUACAAGCGAAUCAACGCUAAAGAUGUCAAAUGCUUUGCUCUAAAUCCAAUCAUCAUCGAGAACCGCCGCUGGGAUCCCUUGACCGGCGUCUUAUCAGCCGCCAUGUCCACGGGUUCAAAUAUGCUAGUCUCAACCGGCGAGAUGUUCUACAACCCUUACAAAGAGUUUAAAACCAGUCAAUUGCAGAGACAGCCCCAAGGAAGCCCUUCUGAUCAGCAGCUGUCUCUUGCGACGAAGCGAUCCAAUAGUAAUGGGUUCGAAACCGCAGCGAAGAUGGCAGGAGCAGGCUUACAAGGAUUUGGCAAGUUCACCGCGACGUAUUUCCGAGGCAUCCUUGUAGAUAUUCCUUACGCCGCUGCGGAGGGAUUUCGGCGCGCCCCCCAACUAGCCGGCGAGACGCCCAAGGACUACGGCAAUGUUCAUGAUUGGAAAUCAGGAGCGGUCGUUGGCGGGAAGAACUUUGUCGGUGGUAUGACGUCGGGACUCACGGGGCUAUUCAAACACCCCGCGAAGGGAUUCCUAGAGGAAGGCCCAGCAGGAGCUAUGAAGGGUCUCGGGAAAGGUGUCAUGGGUUUGGCCACGCACAUGCCUUCAGCUGGUAUUGGGCUAGUAGCUUAUCCCUUUCAAGGCAUCUCUCGAAGCAUUGAAGCUGCAUUUCGGACAAAAACACCCAAGGCGAUUGUACACGCCAGGCUUCGAGAAGGCUACGCCCUCACAGAGCAAAUACAGCUUCCCAAAGAAGCGAAAGAUGAGAUUGUACGAGUUUUCGAUGUGCUCCUAGCUAGCAUCAAGUAA